CGUGGGUGGUGAAUGGCGAUGAAUUUCUUUCUACUUGCUCUUUGUAUUGUUCCUCAGCUUACUUCCGAGUUCCUUCCAACUUUCCAAGGCUACCCCACCAAACACUCUUAGUAUUCAACUCUACCGAAUCUGCAACAUGUAUUAAUAAAUAAAUUUGUAUUAUUAUGCCAGCUCAUAUAUUUUAUCAAAGCUAAGUGCUUCCUAAUCUUACUCCUAGCAGUAGACUCUUGACUCUGAACUCUGGAGGACCAACACCAAUUGAGUUUCUCUCAAUUCUUUGAUCAACACAACACACAGGUUAAAGUAUUCCUCAAAACUUUAUUGCUAAGCUCUUCUGCAUAACUAGCGAGUCAACCGGCGCAGUUCGAAAGAACAACCUUUUAAUUUACAAUUUGAAAGAUUGACUACUCACUAUUCUUAUUACUUUUUUCGGUUGAGGAAAUCAUUUUUUCCAGAUGCAAACGUCUCAACAAAAAUCAAAUUCAGCUGCUAUCCAUUUCUAUCACCGACCUGCACAGGACAAUUGCCUACAAAACAAUCUAUGUGGCGAUAAACAUGGUAGCAGCAGCCAGGGAACACCUCUUUCUUUCGAAACCUUCGAUGAACAAUGCUUCACCCUGGAAUCAUACCCAGAAAUUACUGGUUUCAUAGAUUGUGAUUCCCCUUCCUAUGCCAGCGUAUCUUCUAACAAGAGUCCAUUUUCUCCACAAGAUUCUCAGCCAUGCUAUUCAGAUCACCACCAGUCAUCUUACAACACCAAUGGAUCGCCGACAAGCGGGUUGUCCAGUGUUGACGAUGGGAAUGAUUUGAAGCACAAACUUAGAGAACUGGAAAUGUCAUUGUUGGGGCCUGAUGAUUUAGAUAUUGUUGACAGUUAUGGCAGCUACAUGGAGGCUAGUUUCCACGGAGCACCUCCAUCGGCUAAAUACAAUUGGGAUCUGAUUGUAGAAAACAUUCCGAGGCUCGACUUGAAAGAAGUCCUCUUGCUAUGUGCACAGGCUGUUUCUGACGGUGAUAUUUCAACAGCAAGAGGCUGGAUGGAUAAUGUAUUGGUGAAGAUGGUUUCGGUUGGCGGAGAUCCAAUCCAGAGGUUGGGUGCUUACUUGUUGGAAGGGCUUAGAGCAAGGUUGGAAUCGUCAGGGAGCUUGAUAUACAAGGCCUUGAAAUGCGAACAACCGACAAGCAAAGAGCUAAUGAGUUACAUGCACGUCUUGUAUCAGAUUUGUCCAUAUUUUAAGUUUGCAUACUUAUCUGCAAAUGCUGUAAUUGCAGAAGCAAUGGCAAAUGAAUCCAGGAUUCAUAUAAUUGAUUUCCAAAUUGCACAGGGCACACAGUGGCAUUUACUUAUUCAAGCUCUUGCAAACAGGCCCGGUGGACCCCCUUUCAUUCGAAUAACAGGUGUCGAUGAUUCCCAAUCAUUUCACGCUCGUGGUGGAGGACUUCAGAUUGUAGGAGAACGGCUAUCAGAAUUUGCCAGGUCUUGCGGAGUUCCAUUUGAGUUCAAUUAUGCUGCAAUGUCUGGUUGUGAAGUUCAACAGCAAAAUCUUAGUGUUAGACCUGGUGAAGCCCUUGCUGUAAACUUUCCCUAUAUUUUGCACCACAUGCCAGAUGAGAGUGUGAGCAUAGAGAAUCAUAGAGACAGAUUGUUGAGGUUGGUUAAGAGUUUGUCUCCAAAGGUUGUCACCCUUGUAGAGCAAGAAUCCAACACAAAUACUUCUCCUUUCUUUCACAGGUUUGUAGAGACAAUGGAUUACUAUACAGCUAUGUUUGAAUCAAUAGACGUGGCUUCCCUAAAAGACGAUAAGAAGAGGAUUAGUGCAGAGCAGAACUGCGUGGCACGCGACAUCGUCAACAUGAUAGCAUGUGAGGGGGUUGAGAGGGUGGAGAGGCAUGAAGUUUUUGGAAAGUGGAGGAUGAGAUUUUCCAUGGCUGGAUUUAGACAAUGCGCGUUGAGUUCUUCAGUGAUGGAUUCUGCGCAAAAUCUUUUGAAGGACUUCAAUCAAAACUAUAGACUUGAACAUAAAGACGGUGCUCUAUGUCUUGGUUGGAUGAAGAGAGCUAUGGCCACCUUUUCUGCUUGGCAGUGAAACUGACCUCAUUUUUGCCAUCUUUUUGACAUGUACUUUUAGCAUAAUACAUAGUAUCUGCAGUUUCUCCAUAUAUAAACUUUGAGAUUUAGCCAGCUUUAGGGUAUGUUUGGAUUGAUAGUAUAUGAUAGAAUAGCUUGGAAUAACAUGAAAUAUAUAACAUCAAUUUUAAUUUAAAACUAACUAGCCUAUUCAAUUCCAUUCUAUUACUGUAUUUAACUAAUUGAGAUGAGUAAGGUACUCAGUCAUUUUGUUUUUUGGAUUAAUUAUUUGUCAUUGUAAUAGCAUGCGAAAAUUUCCAAAGCAGAGGUACAUGAAGCUCACAAGUUUUGGUCUUCUA